CCUGAUGUUCGUGGCAUUUCAGGGUUCCCCAAAGACUGCAGCAACAUUCCCAGGGACAGCCCCAGCGGGGUCCAUGUCAUCCAGACGGCAGCCUCUCACCCUCGAGUGGUGUGGUGUGACAUGGACACCGAAGGCAAAGGCUGGACCGUUGUCCAAAGAAAUUCUUACAACACAGAGAUCACCUGGAAGGAGUCCUGGAGCACCUACAAGUAUGGCUUUGGGAACGUGCAGCAGGAUUACUGGCCGGGCAACGAGUACCUGUCCCUGCUCACGCGGCAGAACACCUACAAGGUCCGCUUUGUCGUGGAGGACAAAUCCAACAACACCCGCUACGCAGAGUACGACAUCUUCAGUGUCGAGGAUGAGCCGAGCGGGUACCCGCUGAGGCUGGGCAGGUACUCUGGGGACGGCGAGGACUAUCUCACCACCUACCACUCUGGCCUGGGGGGCAUACACGACAACAUGAAGUUCAGCACGAUUGACAAGGAUCAGGACCAGACCAGUGGAAAUUGCGCAAGUAGCUAUGGAGGCUAGUGGUACAACAAGUGUCAGAACGUCCUGCUCAAUGGGAAAGGCUCCAUCUACUGGGCAGGGUUCUGUAAGAGUGGGGAGUGCAAGUCUUCCCUCAUCCUGGUUAAGCCAACAGAUGUGUGCUGGGUCCGGCAGGAGGAGCCCAUCCUCCUUGGGAGCCUGCGCCGCUGAGAAGGGGAGACAAUAUUAGAUCAGACACGGAGCGCCAUCCCCCACCUAAUCAGUGCAGUCCCUGCAAUGCCUCCACUCUGCUCACCCCCUUCCCUGUUGGCUUCUGCACGGUAAAUCCCCUGGAAUAAAUGCUGAGAGCCGACCCCGCCGGUGCGUUCGAAUGACACAAAGAUUGUGAUUGGUAUGUAUAACUGGAGCCCCGCUUCCACUCUGCCUCGCUGGAAGCCAUGUCACUCACUACAACUUUAGACCCACAUUUACCUCUGCUUCUCCCAGCCCUGCCACUGCCCCUUGGCAUUAGUGAUCAAUGAAUCAUGACACUGGAUUUCUAGCAACUGUCAUUGAGCAUUUAAAUGGGGGAUGACUCAAAGCCAGGACUUUACAUCUGAAUCCUGCAUGUAUUAGCAGUGGUGAGUUUGGGUUCAAAAACCUGCCCUCUGUGUUUUUAAUAAAUAUGGUUAUUACAUGAGAAAACAUUGCAACAGUAAUUAAUUGCUGAUAAACCACUGAGAUUAGAUAGACGUGCAAUGAAACCACACAAUAAAGAUAUUGGUGUCCCUCUUCAACCCAAGGGGCUAGUCAAAGUUUGGGGCCCUGGGGAUGUUCCAGUGGGGAGCAGAAAUUGGCAAUGGAGUCUGGUAAUUUUUUGAUGUCUUGUUUAUUUACAAGGAACAUACAUAGUCCUGCUUCUCCAAACACAGCAGGAACCAACAGUAGGGAUUAGCCUCCCUGCUCUCAGCUCCAAGCCUCUUUAGCCAGCACCUGGCCCAAAAGCUCUCUAUGCUCCUCCCAAGAUGUAGUCCUGGCUGGUCCACUGGCAGGGGUGAAGAUGCGGGGGAAUGUGAAGGGGCGUUGCCCCCCCCAAAACUGCAUCUUUCCAUUCCCCUCCUGACCAUGGCCCUUCAGUGCAUCCCCAGGACACAAGGCCCUGUCCAAUUGGCCUUCCUGACAGAGCCUGCAUGGAGAGCGUGCGUAGGGGGGAGUUUGGGGAGCAGGUUUGGAAAGAGGGAUUUUUUCAGGGGGAGGGAAGCUGGGAGCCCUACCGGUGCUGAAUUUCCAUAGUGCAGAGCUUCAGCUGGGACAGGCGCCCAAACUGUUGGUACUUGUCUCAAGAUAAGUAGGAUGUGGGUGGUCUGGAAAUCUUAUCAUAGAAUAUCAGGAUUGGAAGGGACCUCAGGAGGUCAUCUAGUCCCACCCCCUGCUCAAAGCAGGGCCAAUCCCUAGACAGAUUUUUGCCCCAGAUCCCUAAAUGGCUCCCUCAAGGAUUCAACUCACAACCCUGGGUUUAGCAGGCCAAUGUUCAAACCACUGAGCUAUCCCUCUCCCCUUGUAAAGUCAGCCCUUCUCACCAAUUACGGACGUAUCUGGGGUUUGGCCUUAAUGGAAAUCCUGGGAGAAAGCCUCAUGCUACUGCUACUUCUGGGUCUGAUACAAACCAGGAAAUACAGGACCACGGUUAAUAAGAGCAGCUCAAAAGAUCAUUUUCGCUGAGCCCAGCCCUGCACAGAUUUCCAGCUUAGGUUUGCAUUUUCAGCAAAAGUUCUUGUUGAUUAUUUUCUCCCAACCCCUUUGUGCCUCCAUAAUAGCCAGCCACCCCGUCAGUCGCUUCCUGGGGCGCUCCAGGGACAGGGGUGAGGGAUAGAGGAGCAGAUACACGACACACCUGUCUUCAGUUUCUUUGGGUGGAAGUUCCUGAUUGCAUGGAUGAAUCCCGUUCAGAUGGGCGGGUUUCGUGUGUCUGUGGUGAGAAGUGGGGCUGUCAGGGCCAGCAGGCAGGUGAGGACAGGGCCGGUGCAACCCAUUAGGCAACCUAGUUGGUCGCCUAGGGCGCUAACAUUUGGGGGGCGGCGACUGCGGCAGCCGGAUCUUCGGCCGUGUGAUGUUUUUUAUAUAAUCUGGGACCAUAUAGAACAUGGUUGCAACCAAGGUCCGGUAGUGACACCAAAUCUUCUAUAAAGGGGGUCAAAUGAGGUGUCUAUGACAAGGUUAUGGUUUAUUAGUUAUGAUUAUGUUGUCUAUAUGUGUG